GACUGGACUCUCGUUUUAGCUAUUCUAGUAGGCCACUAGUGUUUCCCACUCUCUCCUUCUUCUUAGUCUUCCCUCUGGUCUACAGAUCUAUUUCUCUUGCUAAAAAUCUUGUUUUUGGUUUGUUUCUUCAAAAUUUUGGUCGUAAGUUGAGUCGUGGCAGUACGGAGAGGAACGGCUGAUGGCUAAAUUUGGUAAGCCGUCGUAUGAGAGUAGUAAUUCGAAUCCUCGGGAUAUAUUCGCCCAGUUUAUGGACCUACCGAGCGGGACGUUUAGCGGCCCUGAUUGGAAUAGAAGCCUGGGAAGUGUAAAAGCGGCGGCGAUUGAGAGUAAAUUGGUGUGCAGUUUGGAGGAGCUUUACAAGGGCGCUAUAAAAAAAAUGAGGAUUUCUCGUGUGGUUCUGGAUAAAUUCGGUAAGCAGAAAACUGUGGAGGAAAUCUUAACCAUAGAUAUUAAACCCGGCUGGAAGAAGGGUACAAAAAUCACGUUUCCCGAGAAAGGUAACCAAGAACGUGGUGUCACUCCAGCUGAUAUUAUUUUUGUGGUGGAUGAGAAACCCCAUGCUAUUUUCAAGAGGGAUGGGAAUGAUCUGGUGGUCAAUAAGAAAAUAUCACUUCUAGAGGCACUUACAGGGCAGACUUAUACCAUGCCAACCCUGGAUGGAAGGAAUCUCAUCAUCCCAGUGACAGAUAUAAUCAAACCAGGGGAUGAGGUAGUGAUCCCAAAGGAAGGAAUGCCCAUCUCAAAAGAUGCUGGCAAGAAGGGAAACUUUAUUAUUAAGUUUGAUGUCAUGUUUCCGUCAAGACUCACAGCUGAACAGAAAUCAUAUUUGAAGAGGGGGUUGGGUGGAGCUGAUGUCUAGUUGGAAACUCAAACCUGAGGUAACAACUAUCCAGUAGUCCUGAUUAACAUUGGGUCAAUUAGAUGGAAUUAUGUUAAGUCUCCCACUGUUGGAGCAGAAGAAUGUUAAAGAGGUUUGGAAACAGUAUAUUGUUGAUAGUACAUGGUGGUAGGAAGAGUAUCAUCUUUAAUUCUCUGCCACUACUUAUUUUGGCCCAAGAUAAUGUUUGCCGUGUAAUAGUAAUCUCUAUACAGGUAAUGUAGUGGUAGUUCUUAUUUAAUAUGUAAGGUGAACAACCUUUUGUAUGAUGCUCGUUUUUGCAAGGAUGAACCAUAAUCUAUUGAAUGGUUAAACAUUUGCCCUUUGAAA